GAUUUUGAAGAACAUAAAUAGUCAUACUCUUCAAGUUCAAGGCCGAGGCAGAUAAAGCCACAUUGAAUUUUGGCGCUACAUCCACAUAUUAUCUUCCAAAGAUGUCAAAGAAAGGAAAUAAAGAUUCCCAAAGAUCGGAUACGCUACAAAAGGUUAAAGAGUUCAAGGACAACUUUAAAAAGGAGGGUGAUCACUUAGUUCAGGAUGUGUUUCCAGCCAAAAUUUUAGAAUUAGAAGAGCUGUAUCAGAGCAUGACAAAGUCUCGCCUAGCAGAUAUACAUGUGGACCUUAAUAUUCCUUGCCCAGAUCCAAUCCUAUAUACAAACAAUGUUUCAGGAGAUGAGCCUGCAGGCAAAAAAAGGAAAUUUGAAAAUGACGACCAUAAUGAUGUCUCUGGUACAAAGGUCAUGGUGUUACCCAAUGGUCCAGCCCCAUGUAAUAAGAAGCUAGUGGUUAUAGCAGAGAAGUUAAAACCAUUAAUUCGAGACCUGAUGGAUCAUACAAAUAUGCUGAAGAUGUGGAUUGCAUUUCUGAUUCCAAAAAUAGAAGAUGGAAAUAAUUUUGGUGUGUCAGUUCAGGAGGAAACAAUGGGAGAGGCCAGACAGGUAGAGACUGAGGCAGCUUCUUACCUGGACCAGGUGUCCAGAUACUUUAUCUCACGGGCCAAACUCAUCUCUAAGGUGGCCAAAUACCCACACAUUGAUGACUACAGACAAGCAGUGAGGGAAUUAGAUGAAAAAGAAUACGUCAGUCUACGCCUCAUCUGUUGUGAAGUCAGGAACCACUACGCAAGCCUCCAUGACCUGGUGUUGAAGAAUAUCGACAAAAUCAAGAAACCAAGGUCAGCAAAUGCUGACAGUCUCAUUUACUGAUGACAAUUAACAGUUUAAUUAAUAAAUUAUACACAUUUAAUAUUUGUGACAUAAAAAAAGCCAAGAGCAUUUUAUCAAGGAAACAUCAAUAUUACCAAAAAUAUAGAAAUUGGAUGAACAUAGCAUGGAGCCCUGUAAAAACAGGAUAUGCAAUGUAACAUUGUAUUGUUUGGUGCUAAAAAUAUCAGCAAUUAAAGAAAAUGUUGAUUAGGAAUAUGAAAUGUCAGAAAAUUGGGAUUAUUGUAGAAGUAAAUACCAUGCAGUUCUUCUUUCUCAGUUGUUGGGUAUAUAGGAAUCAUCCCAUUCCACCUCUGUUAUAUUGUCAUUAAAUUGUGGAAAAUAUGUAUGAUAGAAUACCUGUUUGAUGAUUGUAAUUGUUUUAAAUUCAUUGCUUUUACAAUGCUGGUAGUUUUUAUUUUCUACUUUUUCUCUGUUUAAAACUUCAUUGAUUUUUUGUAAACUACUUUUUCUGAUCUUCAUAUAUCAAUCAAAGAAUUUUCCUUACAAACCAGAGGGUUGAGUAAUGCAAUUGGAUAUUGAUUACAUGUAUUUGUUUUAUCAAAUGUAGCACCACCAGUAUUUGCUUAUAAAUCUUUGAUUGAAUAAGGUAUUAAUAAUUUGGGGGGGGGGGU